UAUUGAUGAGCAUGCGCGUUAAAAACUGCGCGUUAAAUUUUGAAUGUUAUUUUCGAUCCAAAAUACAAAUCAGAAUUCCAUAUUUAACAAUUAAAUACAUACUUAGUGUGCACUAAUUAAAGUAUCUCUAUUUAAGUAUUAUUAUUUCAUUUAAUUACUGAAAUAUACCUUAAAAAGUUAUUGAAUUAAAUUUUAAUUUUUAGGUUAUGUUUUGGUUGUCAACAUUAACUUUAAGCAAAUUCUUCUGCUAUAUUAAUUAUGAUUAUUGUAGGGUUCAUUUUAGUUCUUGAAAGAACUCGGUACUUUUGGAUAGGGCCACAUAAUUGUGCAGAAGCAAAUCUUAAUGUGAUGUUUGGAGAUGAAAAUCUGUGUUUAAAGUAUCCAAUUAUUGGUACUUAACAAAUUGUAUAUACAGGUCCUGAAAUGUCCCGAAACUAACCGCGAAGCGGGUACCGCGCGAGAGGCCAACCCACACCUGUCCUGGUAAAAAUAAAAAAAAUUCAUGUCUCUUAGUUAAGUUGUAAUAGACAUAUUUUUGAAAAUGUUAAAAAUCGUUCCUGUAGGUCAUAUUUUUAGAUACUAUGGUCAGAAAUGUUCGCAAUUUAUUAGUGAUUUUUUAAUAAUAUAAUCCUUAUUAACCUGUUAUCCUUAUUAUAAUAAAUAAUAAAAUAGUCUAAAUAAUAAAAUUUGUGAAGGACGUUGCUUGAACUUGUUUGAACAUGAUUAAACCUGCAUAUAUGGAACCAUCUCAAUGGAAUUUGAAAAGAUUAUACAAUUUUGAACUGUUACGAACACAUCGUUUGAAUGUUUCGUAAAAAUAGUCUGGCUUCUGUGAGUAUAUUAAUCCGUCGUAGUCUGGAGCGAACUCUGGAGUGAGGCUUCGUAAACAACCCCUCCUUGAAGCUUAAACAGACUACAUCACACCUAUUCUCUUAAGCAGACCACACCUUGGCAUCGAGACGAUACCACAGAGCAACUUUAGCAUAGUUAAAACGCUAAACAUCUACACUGAUGGAUCAAAGGAGGCUGGAAGCUCUGGAGCGUGAUUCUUCUCGUACGAUUUCGAGCUGCACCUUUCUAUUUUGCUCAGGCCGAAAUAUCUACGACAAAUAUAACAGCUAAUGUCGUCGUCGACUCCAAAAAAGUUGUAAUUUGCACUGAUAGCAGACAGGCUAUGCUGGCGCUUAGUAGGCAUCGAACUACAUCAUUUUUUAGUGAAGUCCUGUCUGCAAUCACUUGAGGAGGCUAAUGUUUAUAAUAACGUCAGGAUAAAGUAUCGAAAAGGAUAUACCAGAAAUAAGGGACAGGAUGGCGAAACGGAUGGAUAAGAAGUCACCGGUUUUACCCUGAACCGUUUGUAUCGCUAACUUUUAAUACAGCAUCAAAGCUGAUCAACUUCAUCUCCAAUCGAGCUUUUUGCGAUAGAUGGGAUUAGACUGCAGUAGAUGUCUUUUCAAAGAUAUUGCUUCACUCAAACCGGAAGAACUCAGUUCCUGGGAAAAUCAAAAGCUCUUCACCCACUUCAUGACCGGACACUAAAGAUUACAUGAAGCUGGCGAACGCACACCUUUGUAGAGGGUGUGAAAUGGAUCCAUUUUUGGCGUACCAUGCCCCCAAAUUUGGUACAUAAAGAACAUACUGUUCUGUUCUAUAUUAACGUUCAUUAAAAGCUUCGGCUGGUUUUCUGAACCCUGAAUGAACUGUAAAUUGUGUGGAUGUACAAAGGGCCCACUGGGGCCUAAGUGCUGGGAAGGAAUUCAACCCCACAUGAAACUACAUACAUACAUAAUCGUCAUUUUUUUAAAAUAUUUUAGUUACUAAUUAGUUGCUUCAUUUACCAAUAUCGGCGCAUAUUGGAUGUUACUGUAAACAAACAGUUGUGCAACAGUGCUUUCCAAUUUUGUCGCUACUUUAGAUGCAAAUACAUCACAACAUCUUUUUAUAAAAGAGCCUUUUCAUACAACGCUUUUUUGUUUGUUUCCUUUGGUUAAAUAAAAUGGGGAUGACUGAAAAGUCGUAGUUUAAACUCCGAUAAUUGACCAAUUACUAUACCUAUAUUACUAUAUUAUAUUAUUAUAUAAUAUAUAUUACUAUUAUUAUGUUACCGAUCUAUUAUUAUCCUUAUAAAUAUGGAAACAUGACUGUACUUUCAAUUCACUUCAUUCUGUUUCAUUAAUUUAUAAACAUCCGGUACAUUAAAAACUUUUAUUCGAUAAAGGAAAUUUAAAAGAUUAGAUUAAGCCACAUCAUAUUGCAAUGUAGUUUACUUAGGCCCACUUUUACCUUUACUUGAUAAAUUUAUCUGAUAGAUUAAUUCAACUUGGAGGAUUGUAAAAUUGGGCCUUAGUUGUUUCUCUGUCGAACGGUACAUCUAAUCGAGAAAACCUUUUAGUCGAUCAAAAUUCUAAAUAAAAAUGGAGUUAGCAACGGAUUCACGCACAUAUCAACCCCCAAAUGUUACUGUCCAACCACCAAAAAAUACACUACCACUUACCUUAAAAAUAGCAACAUCCGAUAAAAAAGUGCUAAUACAUCAGUACGAAAUCAGUGGUAGUGAAUUUCGCGAUAACGGAUCCAAUUACUCCGAUUCUGAUGAAUAUCCUAGAGAGGGUGAUGAUCAGGGGUUAGUAAUUAUUUUCAAUCAAGAAAAAUUCAGACCUGGAAGUAAAAACGAUGUGCAAAAUUUACAGGAGACAUUUUCGAAGUUGGGUUUUAAUGUAAAAACACCUUACAUUAACAAAGGACGAAAAGAUAUUCAAAAAAUUUGUAAAGACUUUGAAGAAAAUAACGAAAUAAUACAGUCAAACUCUUUAAUUGUAAUAUUUAUGUCACAUGGUGAUAAAAAUAAUAUAUUGUACACUGAGGACGGACAAAUUACCGUAAUGGAAUUAAUUGAAGCAAUCUCAAAUCCAUUUAAAAAUAAACCAAAACUGUUCAUUUUUCAAGCUUGUAAAGCAACUGUAGCGGAAUCGUUACAAAACGAAGUACCCCAAUUAAUAUUUCCGAUUUAUAAUUUACCGUCGGAUGUAAUUAUUUAUUACUCAACCGUUGAGGGAAGCGUAUCCGUUAGAGAUUCAUAUAGUGGAUCUUGGCUUAUAAGCGAGCUUUGUAAAAAUGUGUUAAUGUACGGUAGAAGAGAAGACAUUAUCAGUUUGCUUCAGAGAACCACGAAGUGCGUUUCAAUGCUCAAAGGUGACAUAAAAGAAGAUUGCACUUUUAUUGAAAAUUACAAGCAAAUGCCUGUUAUAGUUUCCACACUUCAAAAGAAAUUUUAUUUGUCAUCAAAUAAAUACCGUGAAAAUAUACAUAAUACAAAUAAAAGAAUCGAAGAAGUGGCUAAAUCACUCAACGAUGUAGUCCAACAAGUUAUAACUAAAUUUAAAUAAAGUAUUUAUUAAAAAAUAUCUGAACAAUUUUGGUAUUAUUAUACAACCCAAGGUUUUUCUUUUAAGGAUGUCCACACAUAUG